AAGAUUCCAGAGUCUGAACUGUGAGAGGGAGGUUUCUCUGACAGAUCCCCAACUAAAUCCAGUAAUGAUAAUCCUGGUAAGAAAUGGAAUAAUUAUCAUUUGUGAUUGUGAACCUUGGUCUGCAGGAUGGAAACAUACAAAUAGCGUGCUAGGAAAGUUCCCUUUAAUCCAUUUAAUCUUGUUCCUCUUCAUAUAAUACAGUGAGCAAGGGGUCUGUGCAGUGUGUUUAUUUAAAAAUAACUACUGAGACUUCCUCUUUGUACCGUCACCUUGUUUUCUCAAACCGGGGUGAGCUUUCCUUUGCCAGAGGCUGAAGAUAAGCAGACGAGAAUACACAGAGGAAAAGAACACAGCCAGAAUUCAGCAGAUAGGGAGGGAGCAGGAUGGCUGAGUCUGAGAAAAUCCCUGAACCAGCCCCACGACGAAUCUUCCAAGAGAGACAGAGGAUUACUGCUCUGCCCCUGUACUUUGAAGGGUUUCUAUCUAUCAGACGUGCACAGCACCAGGAUUUUGAACAGUACUGGACAGAACUCAGAGGAACUACGCUUUUCUUUUAUAGUGAUAAGAAAACUCCAACCUAUUUAGAGAAACUACAGCUGACGAAUUCGACAUCAGUAGUGAAUGUUUAUCCAGAUGAAAAGUGCGGUGCACAGUUUAUCCUGAUGCUGAGAAAUGAGAAAGUGGAGCUGAAAGUCGAGGACUAUGACAGUGGGGAGGAAUGGAAAGGCUUUAUCCUCACAGUCACACAGUUGUCAGUUCCAGUGUGUAUGUCACUGCUACCUGGACAACUUAUUAAGCUGCAUGAGGUGCUAGAGAAAGAAAAGAAAAGGAGGACUGCAAUGGAAGAGUCACCCAGUGCAUCUUUGAGCACAGAGGAGACAAACAAUGGAGACUAUGUUAAAAUACUGAACACUAUGCCAGAGUGCUUCUAUGCAGUGUCACGGCAGAAAGCGAUUGAGAUGUUAGAGAAGAAUCCUUCUUGGGGGAACCUGAUCCUGCGGCCUGGUAGUGACAGUAAGAACUACUCAGUCACUAUCAGACAGGUGAUAGAUGGUCCAUGCAUAAAGCACUACCGAGUGAUGAACAUGGGCAAAGGUUACACAAUUGAACUGUCAAAACCAGUUAUACGCCCGAGCCUUCAUGAUGUCAUUGAUUACUUUGUGAAUCAAACCCAAGGGAGCCUGAAGCCAUUUGUUCCACACACGUAUGACAACAAAUUGGCUGAACUUUCUUUAGAGCAUGCCCCAAGAGACAUACACCCGGCGAUUGUCUCUCAGCCCAGAGCCAAGCCUCCCCGGAGCCCUAUGCCUGAGAAAGAAACAACACUGCUUCAGCAGUAUCCUGUAGCCAGAUAUGUGCAUGAAACUCGUGGCAAAGAGAUAAAAGAAAGAGUGAAGAGACAAGCAGCUGACAGACAACGUGCAAAUCAACCCCUUUGAAGUGGAAAAUGUAGGAAGGAUGGACUUUUUCUUAGGGGAAAAAAGUCACAUUCUAGCCCCCAAAAUCCCUGUGGGCUAAAUUUAGUAGUACAGUCUCACCUUGUAUCAACAAAUCUCAGAAGCUGGUGGAAUAAAUUACGGCACAUUAAACUGGAUAUCUGUUUCCCAAGGCUUCCAGUUGGUCAAAACAAAGUCCAUCUCCAUGGCUCUAAGCACAUUUGUCUCAGCAGCCUUAUGAGACUUUCUGGGACACAGUAGAAUGAUCGCACCCCAUCUGACAGCCUCUGUGCUGUUGAGGAUGAAAGAGACCAUCCUACCGGAGUAGAGGGAAAUGAUCCCAUAGUUGGGACCCCCCUUCCAAAUGAUGUUGUGGUGUCCUCUCGCACUGAAGUUACUUCUUGGGGGGAGGGAACUCCAGUUAUUAGGAAGAAAUAGGUAAUAGUUAUGGAGGAUUCAAUCAUUCAACACAGAUAGCUGGGUUUGCAAUGACUGGGAGAACCGCAUGGUGACUUGCCUGCCUGGUGUGAAGGUUGCGGAUCUCUCAAGACAUCGAGAUAAGACUUAUGUGUAGUGCUGGGGAGGAGCCAGUGUUUGUGGUACAUGUAGGUACCAAUGACAUAGGGAAGGAUAGGAAAGAGGUCCUGGAGGCCAAAUUUAGGCAGCUAGGUAAAUCACUGGGGGGAGGGGUGUCACCAAAUGAAACAGGCAGAUUUAAAACAAAAGGAAGUAUUUUUCACACACAAUGCACAGCCAACCUGUGGAACUCCUUGCCAGAGGAUGUUGUGAAGGCCAAGACUAUAACAGGGUUCAAAAAAGAACUAGAUAAAUUCAUGAAAGAUAGGUCCAUUAUGGCUAUUAGCCAGGAUGGGCAGGGAUGGUGUCCCUAGCCUGUUUGCCAGAAGCUGGGAAUGGAUCACUUGAUGAUUUACCUGUUCCGUUCAUUCCCUCUGGAGCACCUGGCAUUGGCCACUGUCAGAACACAGGAUACUGGGCUAGAUGGACCUUUGGUCCGACCCAGUAUGGACACUCUUAUGUUCCUCAAAAACAGGAACAAGGGGGAACCCAUUUCAGCUCUAGCUCUUAAUCAGUGCACCUUCCCUCCCCAUACCCUGCCAAAAGAAAUGCUCUUCAGAGAGCCCCAUAAAGUCUAGGCUUGGGAUGCUGUGGCCCAAUAAAGAGGAAAAUUAAUUCUGAAGUUCAGAGGCCCUCCCAAAGGAUUUGCUUCCAUUAGCACUGAAACCCCACUUGUAUUGAGUAGGUAAAGCUUGAGCAGUAAAUAGCAACUGCAGCAGCACUGUAUCGGGGAGAAAAGCAGUCCCUCCCCUAGGAAACUUCCAGUCCAUUUAGAGCUUUAUAGUUCAGAACUAAACACCAUAAGCUCCACUUGGAAAUCAACGGGUAAUCAGUGAAGUUGG